AUGCCAGGCCUUCUGAUGCAGACAGGCAUACUGAGCCUGAUAUUGCGGGCUACAGCGCAGCAGCCUCAAUAUCCUCCUCCGUUCCCUGUCACCCCAGCGCGACCAAUUCUCCCAUCAUCCGUGAACUACGCUCCCGAGGUGACCCCUAAUGUGCUCGAUCCGACCGCACCUGACGCCCAAGAGGAGUGCCCCGGCUAUGUUGCCUCUAACGCCAAAGAGAGUGAUUUCGGCUUGACAGCAGAUUUGACUCUUGCCGGCCCAGCAUGCAAUGUUUAUGGCAAUGAGGUUCAUGACCUGCGGUUGUCCGUGGAGUACCAGGACAAAGAGCGUCUUGCAGUUCGAAUCACACCAAAGUACCUAGGACCAGCGAACAGGUCUAUAUACAUACUUGACCCAGCGCUCACACCGUACCCUAGCACCCAAAAGGGUUUCACCAAGGACAAAGCCAAACUCAACUUCACUUGGACCAAUGAACCAACAUUUCAAUUCCGUGUCUCGAGGGCCAACUCAGAUGAGGUACUGUUUGACACUUAUAGCAGCAAGAUAGUAUUCGAAGACCAAUUCCUGGAAUUAAGAACAUCCAUGAUACCCGACUACAAUAUCUACGGUCUGGCUGAAACGCUCAGAGGUUUUCGUCUACCCAACAAUUACACUAUAACGAUGUGGAACGCAUAUAGUCUCGAUAACGACCAGGUCCUAGAUGUCAAUGCUCAUAGUGUGCAUCCGAUGAACGCACAUGGGCAGGAGUGGCUGCUCCGGGACCAAAAGGUCAUUUAUCGCACAAUAGGAGGGAGCUUCGAUUUCUAUUUUAUUAACGGGCCAAGUGCAAAAGACGUCAUAUCCCAGUACCAGACUGGCAUAGUCGGAACGCCCGUCGAGCAGCCCUAUUGGGCUUUGGGUUUUCACCAAGUGCGAUGGUCGUACCAAAAUUGGACUAAUUUGCAAGAGGUUAUCGAUGCGUACGCCGCCGAGAACAUUCAACUUGAGGGAAUAAUGAACGAUCUAGACUAUCUUGAGGUGAAUCGAAUAUUCACGGAUAACCCGGGGCAUUAUGACAUCGGCCCUGGAAAAGAGUUCCUCGACAGGCUUCAUGCCAAUGGUCAAUACUACAUGCCAAUCCUCGACCCCAAUGUAUACAUACCAAAUCCAAACAAUGUCAGUGAUGCAUAUCCGCCAUAUGAUAGGGGGGCAGAUUUGAACGCCUACAUCCGAAACGGCUACGAUGAAAACUUCUAUGUUGGUGUCGAAUGGCCUGGAUUGAGUGUAUGGCCCGACUUUUUGCCAUCAGUCCCUCAGUCUCAGCAGUUUUGGACGGAGCAGAUCAAAAAGUUCCACGAAAAGCUGGACUUCGAUGGCUUUUGGCUUGACGUGAGCGACCCUGUCUCAUUUGCCACUGGCAGCAUUGGCAGCUUUAUCCCUCAGAACCCAAUUCAUGUUCCGUUCGCUCUGCCAGGCGAUCCGGACACAAGGGUCGCUGUGGUAUACAACUAUCCAGAAAAGUUUGAGGUCACCAACGCAAGCGAAGCAGCCUCAGCCAGCGCCGCUCUAGCAUCUCAAUCACAGGCCUAUUCCACCCCAACAGUGACACCGACUCCUGUUUUGGGACGGACAUUGCCAACGCCUGGAGUCCGGAAUCUCACGUUCCCUCCAUACGCCAUCAACAACUUUCUUCCCGGCCAUUCUCUGGUUAAACAGGUCAUCUCUCCAGAUGCGACUCAUAACGACGGACCUCACAACAGCACGGAGUACGAAUUGCAUAAUCUCUACGGGCAUCUGAGUGGCAAUGCAACAUACCACGCAUUACUCGAAACUUACGACAACAAGAGGCCCUUCUUCAUAUCACGGAGUACUUUCGCCGGUUCGGGUUCUUUUGCUGGGCACUGGGGAGGAGAUACUAACUCAAGGUGGGGUAACAUGUACUUCGGCAUUUCGCAAGCCUUGCAAUUCUCCAUUGUCGGCAUACCAUAUUUCGGCGUCGAAACAUGUGGAUUCAACUAUAACGCGGAUCUCGAACUCUGCACAAGAUGGAUGCAGCUCUCGGCAUGGUUCCCACUGUACCGAAACCAUAACAAUAGGAACACAAUCGCGCAAGAAGCUUAUCGCUGGGCGACUACAGCUGAAGCGACGAGGAGGAUUAUGAACAUUCGCUACUCUCUGCUUCCAUAUACUUACACGCUUUUCCACAAGGCCAACAAGGCGGGCGAGACGGUGUUGCGUGCUUUGGCGUGGGAGUUUCCGAACGACGAGUCCUUGAAGGGUGUGGAGACCCAGUUUAUGUCCGGGCCAGCAUUAUUGGUGACACCCGUCCUGGAACCACUUGCGACCACUGUGAAGGGCGUCUUCCCAGGUGUUGAGGAUGGCACAAGGUGGUAUGACUGGUACACUCUUGAAGAGGUUGACGCCCAACCGGGUGAGAACAAGACGCUCGAUGCUCCGCUGGUGCAUCAGCCCAUCCACAUUCGCGGAGGAUAUAUCAUUCCCAUCCAGAAAGCCGGGAACACGACCAAGACAUCGCGCAAAAGUCCAUGGAGCUUAAUCGUCGCUUUAGAUAAGGACCGAAAUGCCGAGGGUGAGCUCUACUUGGAUGAUGGCAUCAGUUACGUCCAAAAGGCGACGAAGAACAUCAAGCUCAGAUUUACCAAGAACACGCUCAAGGCCAAGGUAUCCGGAUCGUAUAAUGAUCAUCUUCCUAUUGCCAACAUUACGGUCGUCGGACUGCAGAACUCACUCGGGUCGGCGAAGAUGAAGCUUGGAAAUAAAAAUCUGGGCUCCGUGGGUGAUGUGCUAAAUUGCUCAAGUGAUGCUAGCAAUCUUUACCUCACCAAUCUCAACGAAGCAACCAAGGCUGGAAUUUGGAAGACAGAUUUCACACUGUCUUUGUCGUCAUGA